AUGAAUAUCGAACGAGUCGAGCAGAGAAUUUGUAUUAAAUUUUAUCAAAAACUUGGCUAUACAUGUUCCGAGACAAUCGACAUAAUCAAUGAAGCUUAUGAUAAUGAUUCUAUGAGUAAGCCACAAAUAGCAGAGUGGUUUAAACGGUUUAAAAAUGAUCGUAUCAGUGAAGAUAAUCGUUCCGGCAGGCCAUCGUUGAGAACAUCGUUGGAAAACGUGGAACGUGUGCGAGCCGCAAUCAAUGAAAAUUAUCGUUUGAUUGUGCGAGAGUUAGAAGAGGAUCUUGGGAUCCCCAAAACUAUUGUUUCUCGAAUUUUGAUUGAAGAUCUAGGAAUAAGUUACGUGAUUCUAAAACUCGUUCCACGAGUGCUCACGCAAGAUCGAAAGGAUUUUCGAGUUGCCGAAGACAUUCUGGAAACUAGAAAAAGAUCCUGA